AUACUUAGUUUUCACUGACUAUAAAAUAUUUUAAACUAGGGUAGUAGCUGUAGUAUUUAAAGAAAGAAUUACGCCUUGGAUACGCUCAAGACAUAUUUUUCUUGAUAACUGCCGUCGGUGUUGGGAUAUAAAACGAGUUACGUAUGUGUUCAAGGUUACCGAAGCAGAGCACGUUGGGUUGCACCGGCGGUGUAGGUACAUAUUCGAGUUCGCGUGAUCCGAAUGUGUUUUAAUAGCGACGCCUACCAUAAUAUGCAACUAUAACCACUCGCGUUCGAGUGCGAACCACCUAAACCUGCCUUCUGUACAAAUUGCCGCUAUCGGCUUGAAAAUCGUGCGUGGGCGUUCGUGACACACUGAUCCCUUAAGUUUGGCCUCGUUCACGAGCAGACUUUCGACCAGUUUAAACAAACUUUUCAAUGUUGCUACUGAUGUUCCCUCAAUAACGUACCAUUAGCUUCGCGAAUUUCGAGAAUGUUAUUAUUAUGAAAGUUGAUUAUGAUUUGAGAUAAAAGAUAGAGUACUUCCUCGAUUACGGACUACGUAAUAUUUCCUGAAAAUGGAAAUCUUUAUCUGAGAUAACUUAUCAAAAUUGUAUAUAAUGUACGCACGGUUUGACACAGCUAUCGUUUCACCAUGCUUGAACGUUUUGUAAAUAUUCACUGAAUGUUCGAUGUAAUCUAUUUAAGAGAUUUUAGAUCGCGAAAAAUGAUCUUUUGAUAGGAAUUUACGAGGAAAACUUUUAUACUAACAUUUGUUUCUUGUAUAAGUUAUAACACGUCUGUAUUUUUACUCUUCGGUUUAUUGUUCGUAGCUGAACAAUUUAUGAAACGCGUAAACAUUGGUACUAAAAAGCGGAUGAUUUCCACUUCUUGGAUAUCUAUUUUUACACGGAACGAGCUCCGCUAUAUAUGCGGUAUUGCGAAAGAACGAAAGAAAGAACGUUCUCGGAUUCCCAGGUGUCGGUGCAGCGGAAAUUUUCCAAACUUCACGGUUGUUCAUAAGAAUUACAAAUAAACUAGCUAUCGCAGCACGCGAAAGCUGGUUGUAUCGCAUAAAUGUAGCCUGUUAAAAUAGCGUGUGUGCGCUGAAAAGCGGAUUGCGGCAGGAAGUAACAAGUUCAUUAUAAAUUGACGAUGCCCAACCGACUAUCGGAACAUCCUCUUCGCGGUACACCGUGCAUUAAUUGAUACGAUCGUAUGAGUUUGCGUCGGGGGUACGGGUUGCGCGGGCUCGCUACAGGUACCAUGCACCAUUUGCCGCUAAUUACCGUGUUUGCCCACUUUCUGACAAAUUAAUUAAACUCCUGUGGGUUUUAUCGGCUACCAAAAAUAACUCUGACCUUUUGUACCGUUCCACUUAUGUUUGCAAGUUGUGCAAACACGGUAUUUGCAUUUGGCAGCCGGUCCGUUAAUAGUUCCCGAAACUGCCGUUAGAUGUCUCUUCACCAAUUACCGUUCUCGCAAGUACUCGAUGGUUAUAGGUUCACAUUUUAUAAAUUUAUUCUUUACUUCAUUUUCAUGAAGCAUAACUUAAUUGCAAAGUAAUAUAAUGGUGUAUAGGAUGUCUUUUAAAAAUUAUUUUAUUGAGUAAUCUUCGAAAAUGAUCGUUACGAAUCUAUUGUAACUGAACACAUUUUUAGAGCAAACGAGCCAAACUUUCUCGGUAUCGGUAUGAUCGGCAGUAUCAAGAAUGAAGGAAAGAAGAAAAUAAGGUUUAUGACCACGAUGGUGAAUGUUACCCUGACCAGAUAGACAGGUUGAUCGCCGUUAUAGAAUUUCUGCGGUUUGUAAUGGAUAGGUAUUAGGUCUCCCAACUUGACAUGGUUCGAGGAACACCGGACUGUGGAACCUCUCUAGCUAGAUAGCAGCGAUCUUGACACGACUAAAACCGAUGUACCCGACAAAGAAAGAUACAUAAUUCGAUUCGAAGGGACAAGUCGAUCAGAAUGACUUUUGGUCGACGAUCACCGGAUGCUCCAAGGCAGUCAGAGUCAGUGAAAGUGCAUAUGCCCGGUAUUCGAACAGGUUCAACUGCAUCGCACCGGACACACGCUGUACCUUUCGGGGAUAUUCGAAACACACACUAGCACUUUCUCUCCUUUACCGACCAAUUGAUGUCCAAUUCGAAAGCUUAUUUUUAUUUAUUUAUUCAGGGUACGGUGACCAUUCGAUAAGCUUGCCCCCGAUGUCCCUACUACCCUGCAUCUUUGAGACUGCCAAAUUUGUUUAACUUUUGAGAAUGACUUAUAAUUAAAGAUGACGAUGAUGAAUGAAUUUUUCAUGGGACACCGAGUGAACAUAGAUCGAUGCUUCGGAAAUAGAAGACACCUCUCCAUAUUAUAGCAGCAGACACCGUGUCGUGACAAAGGCGACAGGAUGUCGCUCUCGCUGUCAAUUACCUACAGAUAUUACCAUCACAGUGGAAAUUCUGUGUGGCAAUAGCAGGGGACAAAUUCAGUCUCCAUUUUCAUAUCGGGUAGAAAGGCGUGUCUCAUGGAUGGGGAAAUAAAAUGCAAAAUUCAUGGCGCCUUUCAGCCAGACAGUCACACGAACGCGGAACUUAAGACUGGUACAACGGCGCUCUUCUUUGCUGCCCAAGGUGGUUACAUGGACAUAGCCAAUCUUUUGCUGGAACACGGCGCCGUAGUCGAUUCCUGCAGCAUAGACGGCGGUACUCCACUUUUUGUUGCGUGCCAGUGCGGUCAUCUGGAUGUUGUGGAAGGCCUCAUAGAAAGAGGUGCCAAUCCCAAUGCUCACAUGAAGGACGGUGCUACCGCAUUAUUUAUCGCCGCUCAAAAUGGACACGUGCGAAUAUUGGAGGUCCUGCUGGAACACGGGGCAAAAACGGAUGCGGCAAGAACUGACGGUGCCACGCCUUUAUGGAUAGGAGCGCAAAUGGGACACGAUCAUGUUGUAAGGAGGCUUUUGAAAGCUGGCGCGAAGGUCGACGCCACCAGACAUGAUGGCGCAACGCCGCUUUUUAAAGCAGCCCACAAGGGACAUGCUGCUGUUGUCGGUGAACUACUGAAGUAUCGUCCAUCGCUUGGCAUACUUCCAAACGGUGAAAGCGCACUGCACGCAGCAGCUUUAACAGGACAAAUGACUGUUGCGAGGCAACUGGUAGGAGCGGGAGCGGAUCCUUUACUCGUUAACCAAGAAGGUGUUACGCCUCUCCAAUUAGCUAUUAUACAUUCACAGACGCAGGUUGCUAAUUAUCUGAAGGAUAAACUUAGAACGAGAACGGGAACAUCUUAGCAAAGUUUACGUCCGUUAUCCGCCCAACAAAAUAGAAAUUAAAUUCGUAAAUCGUUGGAAAACAUCAGUAUUUCUAAAGAUAUAUAUAUACACAUAUAUAUUGUUAGAAACA